GUCAGUCACAAUGUUGGCGUUCUUGAUUCUUGUGACUUUGGCCCUAGCAUCUGCUCACUAUUCUGGUGAGCACUUUGAAGGUGAGAAGGUGUUCCGCGUCAAUGUUGAAGAUGAAAAUCAUAUCAACUUACUCCAUACAUUGGCCAGCACCACCCAGAUUGACUUCUGGAAACCAGAUUCUGUCACACAAAUCAAACCUCACAGUACAGCUGACUUCCGGGUUAAAGCAGAAGACAUUUUGACGGUGGAGGAUUUUCUGAAGCAGAAUGAACUACACUAUGAGGUAUUGAUAAACAACCUGAGAUUGGUGCUGGAAGGUCAGUUUGACAGCCAGGUCCGUGCAACUGGACACAGUUAUGAGAAGUACAACAGAUGGGAAACGAUAGAGGCUUGGACCCAACAAGUCACCAGUGAGAAUCCAGACCUUAUCUCUCGCAGAUCCAUCGGAACCACAUUUGAAGGACGCACUAUAUACCUCCUCAAGGUUGGCAAAGCUGGACAAAAUAAGCCUGCCAUUUUCAUGGACUGUGGUUUCCAUGCCAGAGAAUGGAUUUCCCCUGCAUUUUGCCAAUGGUUUGUGAGAGAGGCUAUUCGCACCUAUGGACAAGAGAUCCACAUGACAGAACUUCUCGACAAGUUAGACUUUUAUGUCUUGCCUGUGGUCAAUAUUGAUGGCUACGUCUACACCUGGACCAAGAACCGAAUGUGGAGAAAGACCCGCUCCACUCAGGCUGGAACUAACUGCGUUGGCACAGACCCCAACAGAAAUUUUGAUGCUGGUUGGUGCAAAAUUGGAGCUUCUCGGAACCCCUGUGAUGAAACUUACUGUGGACCUGCUGCAGAGUCUGAAAAAGAGACCAAGGCCCUGGCUAAUUUCAUCCGCAGCAACCUCUCUUCCAUUAAAGCAUAUCUGACAAUCCACUCAUACUCUCAAAUGAUGCUCUACCCUUAUUCCUAUGAUUAUAAACUCACAGAGAACAAUGCUGAGUUGAAUGCCCUGGCUAAAGCUACUGUAAAAGAACUUGCCACCCUGCAUGGCACCAAGUACACAUAUGGCCCGGGAGCUACAACAAUCUAUCCUGCUGCUGGGGGCUCUGAUGACUGGGCUUAUGAUCAAGGAAUCAAAUAUUCCUUUACCUUUGAACUCCGGGACAAAGGCAGAUACGGCUUUGCCCUCCCCGAAUCCCAGAUUAGGCCAACCUGUGAGGAGACACUGUUGGCCAUCAAGCACCUUGCCAGAUACGUCCUGCAACAUCUGUACUAGUAGAGAAUGCUGACAACCUUAUUUCAAAGUGUUCACUCUCUUUCCUAUCCUGAAAUCUUAUUUUUGUCUGCCUGGAUAUUUUCCAGAUCCCAAUCUUUUUAUAAGCUUCUACUCUGUUAAACUACUUGGAUCUUUUAAUACUGAUCAUAAUAAAAAUGAAUCAUUAUAAUUAG